UUUAUAUGUAUUGUAAAUGCAGGUAUUGCAUCAUCUUUUUGUAAAUUUUUGAGUUAUUGAGGUAAAUGUCAGAUUUCACGCAUGAAAUACUUCUCAUGUUUUUCUGUAUUUCAUAACUUAAAUUUCCAUGUAAAUUUCAUUAAAUUCUGUUCAGUAAUAAGAAAGUUGAUAUUUUAUAAACUUCAGUAAUUUAUGUUUUUAUCCCCAAAACCACUAUAAUGGGCCUCAAAUUGUCAAUUUAAAUUCGCGCCAAAGUAGUUAGAUUCCCCGGCUAUAUCGUGAAUCCCGUGAAAAUGACAAUAGUCGGAGUCCACGGCUUAGCCGUGAAUCCCAUGAAAUUUAGUAUUUGGCGGGACAUUACCCUUUAAAUAGACUGGACUAGAUAUGCCUUGCGCACACCACCUUACGACUUUAUAGACGAAUCUAUGUCUGAAUUAUUUUCUUGCUAGAAAUUUAUUCUCGAUCGAGCUUCUUCCGCCAGACGAUUUUCCUGGUGAUGUCAUACCCCGGAAGUACAAUGCCCGAGGUUCACUUGUCUUCACUCGGCUGGAUGUGAUAUUCCCAGCGCAGAGCUUACGUCCCAUGGUUGUGCCGUAAACCGCAAAGACGAUGAUUUUUGUUAUCCUCUGAAGUCAGCUCAGGGAUGCAAUCACCUACCACCAUAGGGAGCCAACACGGAAUCAACGUAUUCACGGUUUAAAGGGACUGAAUUUAGAAGCUACGUUUUCUUUGUGCUACUUAAAGUUCACAAUUACAUUAAAGACCUGUGUCACGUCAGAUUAGAAUGGACUAUAAGAACUUUUGUAUCUAGAGAUACUGAACUUUCUUUUUUUUUUUCUUAUAAUCAGUUUUUUUGGUUUUUUUUGUUUUUUUUUUUUCUUCAUAUCAUCUAUUCAUGGUAAAUAAUCAUCUUUUGUAAAUAAAUUUGUAAAUAUUGUAAAGGGUGUCGAUUUGUUCUGAUGGUUACUGUCGCCGGUACGGCCUUUCCUGUCACAAUGGUGUCAGAAGUGGGAUUGGUCGACCAGACACAGUAGCUAUUCGAACAGUAUUAACACCCAUUUAACUGCAGCAAUAAUUUGUAAAGAUUCCUCUUGUUUUGUUUUAUUGUUACACAUAUAAUAGUUUUAUUCAUUUUUCAGAGUGACGGCUUACCUCAGACAAGACAAGGACAGAUCCGUAACUUCAGCUAACCAGCUUUAGUGGUCACAGACUAAUAGACAGUUGUAUACGACACUUGGAUUCUGGGGUGAGUUCGUUCCUUUUAUUUUUCUUUUGGGUUUAUUUUGUGUCACUCUAUGAUUAAGCCACCAUAUAUCUGUGCUGAGAGUGACCGCCCUUGACAAGGAGAGUUAUCCUACUCACUCUUAAUUGUGCGUCGCCCUACUUCUCCCAGUGAUCCUAUUUUGUAUUAGUGUACUGUAUACAUACUAGAUACAGUAUUUUAAUUUGUGUGUUUUAGCAAGCUUGUUUACUUGCAUAUACUUUUAACCUACUCUUAGGUUUUAGUGCUACACUGUUGUGUUAUACCUAUACUUUAUCUUAGGAUAAAGCACGUUGAUUUAUUUUUGUUUAUUUGUUACACUAAAGUGUUAACACCAGUUACAGUUGAUUGAUAUUUGAUAAGGCUAAGGUAUUGUUACAGCCUACUGUCACUGUACUUUGUUGAUUGUUGCCUAUGCAACCUUGAUUGACACAUAGUACUGUUGCGCAACUUAGUGUAUUAUUUUAGUGAGGACGUUUUGUGUAGUAUAUACGUAGAGUAUAGUAUUUUGUUUUGGCUUCAGUGGUAACUGUAGAGCCUUAGUGUAAACUAGUGUAGUCUAGUAUUCCCUCACGAUUGUUUAUUUAGUGUCUCAGGUUGUUAUAGUAGCUGUAGUGCGUAGUGUUAUAUAGUGUUAACGUAGUGUAAUCAAACAUGACUAAUGUAGUAGAGUUAACGAAGGUAGGACAGGAGUUAGGUUAUGAAGGAGAGGAGUUACGUAACUUUGUUAAGGAAGAGCAGGCUAGGGAACGGGAGGAAAGACAUAGUAGAUUAGAGGCAGAGAAAAAUAGAUUAGAGGCAGAGAAAUUAAGAGCAGAGGCCGAGAAAGAUAGGUUAGAAGCAGAGAAAGAUAGAUUAGAGUUAGAAGCUAGGUUGCAGAAGGAAAAGAUAGAAUAUGAACGACGAAGUAGUUUAGAAGCUGAGAAGGAAAGAUUAGAGUUAGAGGCUAGGUUGCAGAAGGAAAAGAUAGAGUAUGAACGUAAGUUAGAAUUAGAUAAGUUAGAAUACGGACGUAAGUUAGAACAGGAUAAGUUAGAAAUGGAAAAGGAGAAGUUAAUGUUAGCUAGGAAGUUAGAAACAGAGAAGGAGGAAGCAGAAAGUAGGAAAUUAGAAACAGAGCAUAAGUUCAAGACAGACUUAGAAAAGAUGAGUAAGAAAAAGGUAAAGGUUAAGAUGUCUCCCUUUGAUGAGAAAAUUGAUUCCAUGGAUGCGUACUUGAAUGUGUACGAAACGUACGCUGUUGCGCAGGAUUGGGAUAAAGAGAUAUGGUCACUUAACUUACCGUUCCUUCUAAAGGGUACGGCAAGAGAGGUUUUUGAUAGACUUCCGUUGGAAGAUAGGAAGGAUUAUGAUGAACUGAAAGCCGCUUUGCUACGUCAGUUCGAACUCACUGACGAUGGCUAUAAGAAAAAGUUUAGAACUGAAAGGCCUCGGGAUAAUGAGACCUAAGUAG